AUGUCUGUGAAAGACGUCGCCAUUUCCAGCACCAUCGCGCCAGGCGAGUACGUCGUGAAGAAUGAAAUGCAGCGGGAAAAAAGCAUCCAUGCUUUGGAACUAUUAGAAGGAUCAUUUGGGACUGAGGACACCUCCGACCACCAGUUUCUCGACGUGGGCUGCGGUCCUGGAGACUUCACGCGCGACUGCCUCCUUCCCCGCUGCCCACCGUGCCGAAGAAUCAUGGCCGUUGACGCGUCCGAGGACAUGGUGCAGUACGCCCGGGAGCAUUUCGCCCAUCCCAAGAUCUGCUACGAUGUCCUUGACAUUGGAUCUAAGGAUGUGUCCGACUUCAUAGAACGCCACGGAGAAUUUGAUCGCGUCUACUCUUUCUUUUGCUUGCACUGGAUGACGGACCAAGAAACGGUCUUGAAAAAUGUGGCCAAGUUGAUGAAACCCGGGGGAGGUUGUCUUCUCCUUUUCAAUGCUUCCAGUCCUGCGAUGCGCUUUCGGAAAAAGAUGGCCGAAAUGGAGCGUUGGCAGAAGUACAGAGAGCUUUGCGCGAGCUGUGUUCCGCCGAGCAUAGACCUAGCAGACAAGGGAGCCUUCAUCGCUUACCUCACGGGUCUUCUGAAGGCCGCUGGGUUGCUGCCGACAACGUGCGAGCUGCUUCGUGUGCAGCGCACCUUCUCCAGCCUGGAGAAAGCGAUUGAUUAUUACAUAGUUAUGAAUCGCCUGACAACCGUCGUUAAAGAGGAAGAACGGCCUCUACUACUCGAAGAUGUCAGCGAGCAAGCGAAAGAGUGGUGGGCUCAGAAAGAAGCCGGCGGCUCACCUUUCGACUCUCAAGUGUUCCUGGUGCACGCCCUCAAACCCGCGUCGUAG